AUGGAUGCUGCUAUCGACCUUUCGGAUGCCUCAAAGGCACUAGAUCUCGACAACAUUCGUUUUCAAUUGAUCCGCUUGGAAGACACCAUAACCUUCCACCUUAUCGAGCGUGUCCAAUUUCCCCUCAACAAGCGCAUCUACAUCCCCGGUGGGGUAAAAAUCCCCGGCAGUGAGCUCAGCCUUAUGGAAUGGAUGCUCUGUGAAACCGAACGUAUUCAGUCUCGCGUCCGUCGCUACCAAUCACCCGACGAAUACCCGUUUUUCCCGAGUGUGCUCGAGGAACCGAUCCUCCAGCCCCUCGAGUAUCCGCACAUCCUGCAUGACAAUGACGUGAAUAUCAAUGAUAUGAUAAAGUCGAGAUAUAUCAAUGAGAUUAUGCCCAACGCCUGUAGGAAAUUUGGCGGAAGGGAGGAUCGAGGAGAAACUCAAGAGAAUUACGGUUCGGCAGCGACGUGCGAUGUUAGCUGUUUACAGGCGCUCUCGAGACGAAUUCACUUUGGAAAAUUCGUCGCAGAGUCAAAGUUCCGGAAGGAGACUGAGAAGUUUGUCAAGCUGAUCAAAGCCGCUGAUAGGCAGGGGAUUGAGGAUGCGAUCACAAAUGUUCAAGUGGAAAAGAAAGUGCUGGAAAGGUUGCGGUUGAAGGCCACCACCUACGGAAGAGACCCAGCGAAUCCUGAUGAGAACAGUUCAAAGAUCGAUGUCGAAGCGGUGGUGUCCAUGUACCAGAACGCUGUCAUCCCCAUGACAAAGAUUGUGGAGGUCGAAUACUUGAUGCAACGCCUUCGGGGGACAGAGUGGGAGAAACAAUGA